UGUCGUAUAAAGCUCAUGUGUGAAAGGCCAAGUGACAAGUCAGAGGCACUAGGAAAGAGAAGUGGAACCUUCAGGAGGAAGAGCCUGAUGGAAGGGAAGGGUCCUCAUCGCAGGCUGCAAAUACUUCUGAGGCCAAGAGGUAUCUCAUCUCUGCAGCUGGCACUGCCUGCUUCUGCCUGUGGCUGCAGUCAACUGGGAACGACUGAUAAGGAGCAGGGCAACUGAGGCACAGAAGUCAAGAAACUUCGCAAGGAUGUUGUUAGACUUUCCUUGUCUACAACAAGUGACGGAGAGAAACUGUUUCAAGGAGGAAAGGAGUGUUUUGGCUUGCUUCCGGCCUCUUCAGUCCAGGCUUGGUGGUCCUCAGGAUGCUGUGGAAGGAGGCACGGGCCCUGUCUGGUUCUUCAGGACUUGCUCCAGAAUCGCCACCUUGGCCAUGCCUACAAAGCAUGUGCUGACAUGCUGACACAGGUGUGGAUGUGGCUUCCUGCAAAGAGAAGAAUGAAUUGCCAGUGCCCUGGUUGGUUGAGAGAGUCAUGAGAAUGUGAUGAGAAGAGCACUAAGAAUUCUGAUGGCCUGUGGCGUGAUGGACAUCUGGCUGUCACUGAGCUGCCACAUUGAGCCACAGCUGCAAGGAAGCUGAGUGCACAGUGAGGCCAUGUCUGAAGAAGCAGUUAGAGUGGGUUUUAGCCCCCACCCUUCCUGAUCCCUGCAAAGCAGGAUACCUGCAGGGAGGCAAAGUGGAGAAGCUAGUAGACCACUUAGUGCCUGCCCUGCUCUUCGGAGAUGCUGUGUUUGUCCCAGUGUUUCUGGGGACAUACCGCACUUUCACGACUGCCCAUCACGUGUUGAACCUGCUGUUCAACAGAUACAGUCAUUUCCUUGAAUAUGAGGAGGAGAAGGCAGGCGCGCAGGAGCACCUGCAGCGAGCCUUCUCCUUCAUACUGGGCUCCUGGAUGAGGGAGUACCCAGAAGACUUCACUGGAGCACCGGACACGUCCUGCCUGCAACACCUGGUAACAUAUCUACACCUCAAUAUGCCUGGCUCUGUUGAGGAACAGCAGGCCCGCCUUCUGCUCAGCCAGCUGGAGCACAUGCUUCUCAAGAAGCCAGAGCUGGAGGCUGUUCCACCAACUGCCAGGCUUUAUGAGAAAACCACUGUACACCCACUGGAUCCAACACCCUGCGUAGAAGCAGUACUACCAUGUCAGUCAGAGCUGGAACUAGCUGUAGCCUCAGAGGCCCCCUCAGCUCCAGGAGCUGCAGUGGAGCUCCAACAAGAACCCCAUGCAGACGGAUGUUCUGACUCACCUCCGUCAACUGUGACCGAAGAGAUCAAUCCACCUGCAGGUCAGCCAAUGGCCCACAGCCUUGCACCAUCUCCAGCACCAAGUCUGGAUCUUGACCUGCAAGACUCAAAUGAAGAAAGAGGGGCUGAUCCCUCAGUGCCAGGGGCACUUAGCCCAGUGGUAGCAAUGGCUCUAGAGCCAGCCAUUGAUGCACCAAUACAUGCCAGUGAUGAGGGUAUGCCAGUGCCCACUCCAGAAGCCCAGCUGCCUGAAGGCCAGUGUGACCCAAUUCUGCAACCCGCCCAAGAAGGAGACGCAUCUGCAGUUCAACCAGAGCCCUCCAAACCUAUUGUAGUGAGCAGCUCAGGGCCAGAGCUAGAGGCUCCAGGAGAUGAAAGCCUGGAGUCUGUUCUCGGUCCAUCUGGGGAGCAAGUGGAGUCUCUCGGUCCAUCUGGGGAGCAAGGGGAGUCUCUCGGUCCAUCGGGGGAGCAAGUGGAGUCUCUCGGUCCAUCUGGGGAGCAAGGGGAGUCUCUCGGUCCAUCUGGGAAGCAAGUGCAGUGUUGCCCGCUUGCUGGAGAGGCUGACUGCCUUGAGUCUGUUGCUGAGCAGCCAGAGCCACCCGUACAGGAGCCUCUGCCGCCCAGCCGGGAUGUAGCACCCGUCCCAUCUGUGCAGCUGGAAGCUGACACAGGCUUAGGAGAGGACAUUCAUCCAGUUACUUAUUUUGACAAAUACUAUGAGCCGCCAGUGGCUGAAGACGCCGAUGGUGCUCUGACCUGUGCUGCCGAGCAAGAGCCUGCUGGCCCACCAGCUAGCGAGGCAGACAGGCCUGCGGAAAUAGACCCGGCUCCCUGGGAGUGCGUGGAGAUGGAGGAUGUGCAGAUUUCCUCCAGGGGGCCAUCCCGGAUGUCCAUGCUGGAGUUAGACAGUGAUGAGGAGACAGCUCGAGUGCUAGAUUGGCUGCCCGAAGAGAAGGCAGAUCAGUUCUCCAUCAUGGCCGUCAAACUGUUCAAAAGACUCAUCCCUUACCACCUUUUGAGUUACGUGUAUGUACAAGCUGACCAGGAGGAGUGUCUGGAGCGCCUGGCACCCACUCUGCUUCCCAUACUGGAGCACUGUGAGCAGGUCUCCAGUUGUGUGAUCACCACGUGCCUCGGGGACCACAGCAUGGAGGCAGCAGAGAGAGCCCAAGUGGUGCAGCACUGGAUAGAGGUGGCUCUGGAGUGCCACCUACGAAAAAAUAUCUCCACCUUAUUUGCAAUCGUGUGUGCUCUGCAGAGCAGCCAGCUCCAAGGCCUGAAGAAGACGUGGAGAUUGGUUUGCAGGGAGAGAGUAGCUGUCUAUCAGGAGCUGAGGAGGAUACACUGCCAGGAGCAAGUGUACAAGGGGCGAGAGUCCAGAUACAAGAGCUUCUGGAAGAAACUCAAGAGAGGCUGCAAGAAGCCUCAACAAUUGGACUAUCCCGAGGGCACAGUCCCUUACCUGGGCACCGUCCUCACACACCUGGCCUCACUGCACAAAGACCAAGAUUCCAAGGAUGGCUCUUGGCUGAAUGUAAAAAGAAGACGAGAGGAAUUCAAGGUGAUGGCACUAAUGAAGGAACUAAAGGGCUCAUGUCAGGAGCUCCAGGUGGUUCCUGACAUGAACUUCGUAUCUUGGUUUAACAACAUGAACCGCCUAAAUGAGUUGGAAAGCUCCAAGCUAUCCAGGGAGCUGGAGCCUCCCCGCCGGGUACUUGUCCUGAGCAGGAACAACAAGAGGAGCCCUCCCCUGAGGAAGCGCUCAGGAAAUUGCCAGGCUUUGACAAGAGAGCUCAGCAACAAUGGCAGUUCCCAGUUGGAGACAAAUGAGCAGCUCAGCGGUGGGAAUGGCAGCCAUGCACCCAGCAUGCACUUGGGCUGCUCACCCAAGCCUUCUUCACACUGCAACCGAUUAUUUCAGUCGGCCCCAAACAUCUGCAUGGCAAAGAUGACAGAAUAUGAGGGAAUCUUGCCGUUCCUGAGCCCCCAGCCCUCCCGGAGAGCUGGGCAUGGGGCUGUAUCCUAGGCUGUCCUUUCUUCAGCCAAGAUGCGUGCACUCCAACCAGAGAAAAUCAUAUUCUCCAAUGAGUUAUGGGAAAUGCGUUGCACAAUGCACAAAGACUCAAAUGUCAGGUCAUUUAGAUUAAAAACCUAUGUGGAAACACUAA